UUUCUGGCAAACGUCCACAAUCCUAUACUUAAUCUCCCAACUUUUCUCAACAAAUGUUUCCUUGCGCUCCUUCUCACUCUCUUUUUCAUUCAACGCCUUAUCCGGACCCUUCUCAUCGUCUGCAUUCGCAGUCCUAUCCCAUUUCCACUUCGUCCAACAUGGAUCCCGCUGCCGUUGAUUUCCGUGCUUUCUAUCCUUACACACCCAACGAAGUCAAACAUCGAAAGAGAACAACCAGCGCUCAGCUCAAAAUACUCGAGGGCAUCUUCAAGCACGACACUAAGCCCAACGCCGCCCUCAGAAACGAGCUCGCUGUUCAGCUGGACAUGACUGCAAGAGGUGUUCAGGUUUGGUUUCAAAACCGUAGAGCCAAGGAAAAAACCAAGGCCAGCAAAGUUGCUGCUUCUACGAACCAAUCGCCGAGCGCGUCGAGCGACACCGCCUUGAAAGAUGCUGUUCACGGACAUGAAAACGCAUCUGAACUUUCCUUUCCUCGUGAUCUCCCAGAGCUGUCAACAGAUCCCUCAUCACAAGAGUCAAGUCCGACAAGUGGCUCACCACCCCACUUACAGCUCGUCACCGAAUCUUCACAUGCUUCUUGGCAAAGCUCACCUCUCGCUACCCCCGACGAUUUUAGACAGCAAGUUGAUUUUAGCGAUGUCUGUUUCAUACGGCGAGGGUCGCUUCCAGUCGACGCGUUCCCCCUGCCAGAGGACUGUCACGGCCCACCCUUGGUUGGUCAUUUGGAUCCUUUUACCCGACGGCGCUCAGUAGACGCUAGUCUUCAUCGGCUAGCACACAAUCCAUAUGCUGGUCUUGCUAGGGCCAAACACAGCGGUCUUGCAGGGCCCCGAAUCUCCGGCCAUCUCGCUGAUAACUUUUCCUCUGCUCGUAACGCUUGCCUUUCUCACCACACAGGGACGCCUAGCGGCCUUCAACUGUCACAGCAUGGGUCCUUGCACACGCGCCAUUCAUCCAUGGAAUCCCGUCCUUUUCGUUGCUCCCCACCCAGUUUAAUUAACUCUUCCUCGCCUUCUCCACUUUCACCGUACUACUCUAUAAGGUCAUCUCUACCGGAUAACUCUCUCUUCGCCUUCUCCUCUCGGACUGUCGCUGCUCCUAUUCCGGGGCCCCUGCCUUCCCCCGACUUCUCCUUUGGCGCACCUGGCGUAAACAUACACUCUUCCGAAAGCGACCGUGGCUCACCUGAUUCUUCCCAUGGAUAUCUGUUCCGAGGCGAUGAGUUUGAUACAGAGGACGACGCCACCUCGGCGUCCUAUGAUGGCUUCUCAAGGUUCGGCUCAAUUGCUUCCGUUGCCAACAGCGACUCUAGCAACACGAGCGCGUACUAUUCCGAAGUAGGCAGCUGCGUUUCAGAAAACGAACUGGGAUCAGAAGUUAAUCUUCAAAGCAGGAGAGCUUCAUGCACGCCUAGUCACUUUGUUGGUCUCAUGUCCGGACUGAAUGUCGCGAAUGAAACUCAGGGCAACUUAACAAAUGGCGUCUUUGAGCAAAGUCACCCAAUGGCGCUCAAGGAGGGUGACAGGGCACCUACUUACCCAUCACCUACAUCGACAAUUUCUCGAGGUAGCAGUCCCCCUGGAGUCAAUUCUGCGAACGUGACUGUCACCAGUUCGAAUGAGCUCUCCUACCCGAUACAGACCAAUGAUCAGUCUAUUAUCAACCUUCACUCCGGAUCGCCUAUACUGGAUGGGGAGACAUCUUUCUACAACCAGGACAAUAACAGUUUUCCUCCGAGUGGUUUUGGAGAUUAUCAUCCAUUCACUUCCGUCGACGGUCAGGACAAUGUUGACCACUACUCUCCCGAAGGUUACCACCAAGCGCAAGAGUCUUACUGCAUGAAUCCAUCGAUUUCAACUUCACAAUUCCUCUGAAUAGGCGAUGUUGCAUCGCUGGCAUCGCUACCUUGAAUUCGGCCCUACUAUCACCGCAGACUAUCUUACGUUCAUUUAAAAUGUUUCCGCCGUUUCUCGGCCAUCUAGGAUCUUGCAACCCUUGCAACUGUUAGCAUAACACACCUCAUAAUGUCCCGUCUUCGUUUCACUCUCUCUUUCUCUCUCCUCUCUUUCUCAAAAUCUCAAUUGUUGUCAUCUCCGCUGUGGCAAAAAGCACCCGGUAUGUCUAUUGUAAAUGUAAUCUACGGUUUGUUGUUUUUCGGUUUUCGCCAUCUCUCCUGCUAUGAUGCUUUACUCACUCUUUGACGAUUUCUAUCUAUCUAUAACUUAACUGUGUACAUACUUGUUAUCCUAGAGCUGCUUAGUAGUGUCAACAACGUUUGUUGCCA